AAUUAACCCACUUUUAAAUGUUUUCAACGUUUUAUUUGACAAAAUUAACAAUUCCUAAAUAACGAAAAAAUGACCACGGAAGCAAGUACAGUGGUUAAGAAAAAGAAAACAUCUUCAAAAUUGGCGGAUGCAGGUCAAAUGCAGGCAAUACUAAAUAGUUUCUGCAAGUCACAAUAUGGAAAUGCUAUCACAAAUAAAAAUCCGUUCGAUGAUAAAACGUUGGAGAAGAAAUUGAAAAAGUUAGAUAAGGAACAAAAACUACGGGCUUCAGAAAUGUUCUGGAAACAGCGCAAAUUCUUCAUUGAGAAGGCUUUUGAUGACAACGACGAAUUAAGGUUUGCUAAACUAAGAAAUGAGAAAGAAAGCCCAAGAAAAGAGAAAACAUGUUCACUGCCAGAAAUACCUUCGUCUUCAAAUACUCCAACAUCAAAAUCCAGAUCUGUUAACCAACCCAACAGUAACAACAAGGGAGAUACAUUAACAAUGGCUAGUGCUUUGUUUCCAAAAAUUGUUGAACGCAUUCGACCAAAGAGUUACAAACCAAAGAAAAAGCUAAAGAAACAAAGUUCACUUAUAGAGCUACAAAAACAGUCCAAUCUUAUCCCGACUCCGGUAUUGUCAGAAUCUCCAGUCAUGAGACAUGGAAGUGCAAACGAAGAAGUCAAGCCUAACCCAAUACUGAUUCCUGUAGAAACAACAACCGAGGCGAAACACAAACAUUGUGACGUGAAAAAAAUAUGUAAAGACAAGAAACAAUUAACUGACAAAGAUAAGGAUAAAAAGAAUAAAAGGAAAAAGAAAACAGAAGAAAAUGAAUCGAGCUUACUGACAACUGGUCAAAACAAAAACAAUAAUGAAUCAUAUAUACAUGAUUAUGAAACUAUUUCUAUGCCCGUAAGGGAAAAUUUAAAGCUCGCAGAUCUUGAUGAAAAUGAUCAUUCUAUGUUAAUGAAAUUAAUGGGAGAAGCAAAUACGUCGAUGACGGAUGAUAUUAAACUUGAAUUAAGUAAGAUGAGAGAUUAUGAAGCGAGACGAAAUUCAACGGUCAAGUUACUUAAUUCGACAGAAAAGCUGUCCACAGAUGAACUUUUAUUGAAACUUACAAUGUCACUACCCAUGCGAUUAUUAUUGAAAACUGAUAAGACAUUGAACGAUUUAAGUUCAGCUCUUGGUUUUGAAAAGAGAAGAACAAAAUUGCUUCAAAGAGAAAAAACUAUGACGGAUAAACCAGCUCUGACCGAUGACAGAUUCAGAAAAUUAAUUGACUCUCUAGAAAGACAAGACCAUAUGAGUCAGGAAAUUUAAUUUAGAAUGUGAUAUUAU